ACUGAACCCUCCCACAUGCACUAUGAAAACGAUGAGAAUUAUUUCCGGGGCUAUGAGUGGUGGCUAAUGAAAGAAGCUAAAAAGAGGAACCCCAACAUUAAAUUGAUUGGGUUACCUUGGGCAUUUCCUGGAUGGAUAGGGAGGGGUCAGAACUGGCCCUAUAAUCAUCCGGAUGUCACUGUUUACUAUAUUGUUUCCUGGAUUCUAGGUGCCAAGCAGUAUCACAAUUUGGACAUUGAUUAUAUUGGGAUAUGGAAUGAAAGGUCAUUUAAUCGCAAAUAUAUCAAGCUAUUAAGGUACACCUUGGAUAAACGAGGUCUGCAGCGGGUGAGGAUCAUAGCCAGUGAUAACAUGUGGGAGCCAAUUUCCUUUUUCAUGAUGGUCGAUUCUGAGCUCCAUAAAGUGGUUGAUAUCAUAGGGGCUCAUUACCCUGGAACAAAAACAGUGGCUAGUGCCUUAGCAACUCAGAAGAAACUAUGGGCUUCAGAAGACUAUAGCACUUUCAAUGAUGAAGUGGGUGCAGGCUGCUGGGCUCGGAUCCUGAGCCAGAACUAUGUGAAUGGAAAUAUGACCUCCACCAUUGCUUGGAAUUUGGUGGCUAGUUAUUAUGAAGUUUUGCCCUUUGGUCGAGAUGGAUUAAUGACAGCGCAAGAGCCAUGGAGUGGCUAUUAUGCAGUGGAAGGUCCCAUCUGGAUCACAGCACACACGACCCAGUUUACCCACCCUGGCUGGCACUACCUGCAGGUGGAUGGACAUUUGGAAGACGGUGGCAGCUAUGUAGCUCUGACUGAUGGCCUAGGCAACCUUACUAUCAUCAUUGAAACUAUGACUUAUCGCCACUCUCAGUGUAUCAGGCCUCCACUGCUUCCCUUCAUUGUGUCACCUCAGAAAGCAACUUUCUACCUCAAAGGAUCCUUUCAUAAAGUGAAAAUCUUGGAAAUGUGGUAUACUAAGCUUGGCUUCAAAUCUGCAAAUUCCACCUUAUUCCAUCCUCUUCCUCCUGUAAAGGUACAUGAAGGGAUGUUCAGCUUAAAUCUGGAUGUGGAUGAAGUCUACACGUUAACUACCCUCAUGACAGGCCGGAAAGGCACUUACCCAGAUCCUCCUCAGUCCAAGCCUUUUCCUUCAAAUUACAAGGAUGAUUUCAACAUUCAUAAUCCGCCCUUUAGUGAAGCUCCAUAUUUUGCUGAUCAGACUGGGAUAUUCGAGUACUUUGUCAACACUUCUGAUCCAGGGGACCACAUUUUCACACUCCGCCAGGUGGUGGUUCAGCGACCCAUCACCUGGGCUUCUGAUGCAGACCAGGCCAUCAGCAUUAUAGGAGACUUUAAAUGGGUAAAUGUGACGAUAACUUGUGAUGUCUACAUAGAGCGCCUGGGCAACGGUGGUGUGUUCAUUGCAGGAAGAGUAAACAAUGGCGGGAUAUAUGUUCGACGUAGCAAAGGACUCUUCUUCUGGGUGUUUGCAGAUGGCACCUACCGGGUCACUGGUGAUCUCUCUGGAGAGGAAGUCCUGAUGAAAGGAAUGUCUGGUGUGCGAGCCAGAGUAUGGCACACACUCACUCUGAAUCUCAAGGGUUCUUCUGCCUCAGGAUUGCUCAAUGGUUAUCCUCUCUGGGAGAACGUCACCUUAUCUGAGACAAGCCAUGGCUGGGCGGCUAUUGGAACACGCUCCUUUGAAUUCGCACAGUUUGACAAUUUUCACGUUGAGGCCAGUUGA